UGAGGCGAUAACGCUACCACAGCACCACCACCGCAGUUUCUUCGAUAUGCAGCUGCAAUGCUGCGUCGAAUUCAGGAUAACAUGUUUUUAAAUAUAAGUAAUUAGUUACUAUUCAUCAAUACACCAGUUUCACCAUGCUAAACCAGCGUUGUUUAUGCAAAAAUAUUUACUUUCCAAACAGAAAUUUCCCAUUUCAUAACUCUCCAACAUGAUCUAUCUCAUUUCCACAACCUUCCUCAACUACCACUAUGCCGAUUUUAACCGGUGCAUUUAAGUGACGUUGUACAAACCAGGAACCGUCGCUCAGUCCCUGUAAUUUCUUGAAGAGCAACAUGGCGGUUUAAUACUGAGUAAGCUGUCUAUGGUUACGGUUUAUAAACCUGCUAGCAGUUACAAAGUUGAUGUGAAAAGGGUUAAAGUUACUAAGCCCUAAUGCAGAGUAGAUGGUUUUGAAGUUAAUGAAAGCCGUAACUCCUCUGCCAGACUCAUUAUAUUGGAUCAUUAAAAAAUUACCGUACAGCAGAAUGAGUAGUCCAAUCAUGAAGAGAGUAGUAAAUGAAAUAGUUAAAUCUCCUGAGGAUAAGAGGGAAUAUCGUGGAUUAGCGUUUACUAAUGGCAUCAAAGCAUUACUUAUCAGUGAUCCUACGACUGACAAGUCAUCAGCAGCAUUGGAUGUUCACAUAGGUUCAUUGUCUGAUCCACCAAAAAUCGCAGGACUUGCUCAUUUUUGUGAACACAUGUUGUUUCUUGGAACAAAAAAGUACCCAAAAGAGAAUGAAUAUAAUCAGUUCCUCAAUGAGCAUGCAGGGAGUUCUAAUGCAUUCACCAGUGGAGAGCAUACAAACUACUACUUUGACGUAUCUCAUGAACAUUUGGAGGGUGCUCUGGACCGGUUUUCCCAAUUUUUCUUGUGUCCGCUCUUUGAUGAAAGCUGUAAGGACAGGGAAGUUAAUGCUGUUGACUCUGAACAUGAGAAGAAUGUGAUGAAUGAUGCAUGGAGAUUGUUUCAGCUGGAAAAAGCAACAGGAAGUCCUAGUCAUCCUUUCAGUAAAUUUGGAACAGGAAACAAGCUUACAUUGGAAACCAGGCCUUCUAAAGAGGGUGUAGACAUCAGAGAAGAAUUAUUGAAAUUUCAUUCAACAUAUUAUUCCUCAAACUUAAUGGCUGUUUGUAUUCUUGGAAGAGAAUCUCUAGAUGAAUUGAUGGAGUUGGUGGUUAAACUGUUUGCGGAAGUAGAAAAUAAAAAUGUUCCCAUUCCUGAAUUUCCUGAUAAUCCUUUCCAGGAAGAGCACCUCAGGCAAAUGUAUAAAGUGGUUCCUGUAAAAGAUAUUAGAAACCUUUAUGUGACAUUUCCCAUACCAGAUCUUCAAAAAUAUUAUAAAUCAAAUCCUGGUCAUUACCUUGGUCAUCUUAUUGGACAUGAAGGACCUGGAAGUUUGCUUUCUGAGCUAAAAUCUAAAGGUUGGGUAAAUACUUUAGUUGGAGGACAGAAGGAAGGAGCCAAAGGCUUUAUGUUUUUUAUCAUAAAUGUGGACCUGACUGAAGAAGGACUUUUACAUGUUGAAGAUAUAAUUUUCCACAUGUUCCAGUACAUCCAGAAGUUAAGAACAGAAGGACCUCAGGAGUGGGUUUUCCAAGAAUGCAAGGAUCUAAAUGCAAUGGCUUUUAGGUUUAAAGACAAAGAGCGGCCAAGAGGCUACACAUCAAAAUUGGCUGGUUUAUUACAUUAUUAUCCACUAGAAGAGGUACUUGCAGCUGAAUAUUUGCUGGAAGAAUUUAGGCCUGACUUGAUAGAAAUGGUAUUGCAUAACCUUAGACCACAGAAUGUACGUGUGGCUGUAGUUUCUAAAUCAUUUGAAGGACAGACAGACAAAACUGAAGAGUGGUAUGGAACCCAUUACAAGCAGGAAGCUAUACCUGAUGAAAUCAUCCAGAAAUGGAUAAAUGCUGAUUUGAAUGGAAAGUUUAAACUGCCAAUGAAGAAUGAGUUUAUUCCCACUAACUUUGAAAUUUUUACACUGGAAAAGGACGCAGCACAGUAUCCAUCUCUUAUCAAGGACACAGCCAUGAGUAAAGUGUGGUUUAAACAGGAUGACAAAUUCUUCUUGCCAAAAGCAUGUCUUAAUUUUGAGUUUUUCAGUCGCUACCUUUAUGUUGACCCUCUUCAUUGCAACAUGACCUACCUGUUUAUGAGACUUUUGAAGGAUGAUUUAAAAGAGUAUACAUAUGCAGCCCGUCUUUCAGGUUUGGUCUAUGGCAUAGCAUCAGGAAUGAAUGCAAUCCUUCUGUCCGUGAAAGGUUAUAAUGACAAGCAGCAUAUCCUUUUGAAGAAGAUUGUUGAAAAAAUGGCCACCUUUGAGAUUGAUGAAAAGCGAUUUGAAAUUAUUAAAGAAGCGUAUAUGCGUUCCUUGAAUAACUUUCGAGCAGAGCAACCUCACCAGCAUGCUAUGUAUUACCUUCGACUACUAAUGACAGAAGUGGCAUGGACCAAGGAUGAACUGAAGGAUGCUCUUGAUGAUGUCACUCUUCCUCGCCUUAAAGCAUUUAUACCUCAGUUGUUGUCACGGUUGCAUAUAGAAGCUCUUCUCCAUGGCAAUAUAACAAAACAGGUUGCACUGGGCAUUGUACAGAUGGUAGAGGAUACCCUUAUUGAACAUCUUCACACCAAGCCCCUUCUUCCUAGUCAGUUAGUCAGAUACCGAGAAGUACAGCUACCAGACAGAGGAUGGUUUGUCUAUCAACAACGAAAUGAAGUUCACAAUAACUGUGGGAUUGAAAUUUAUUAUCAGACAGAUAUGCAGAAGACUUCUGAAAAUAUGCUUCUAGAACUUUUUUGUCAGAUAGUUUCAGAGCCUUGCUUCAACACUCUACGCACAAAGGAGCAGUUAGGAUAUAUCGUGUUUAGUGGUCCCCGAAGAGCUAAUGGUGUACAAGGAUUAAGAUUUAUUAUUCAAUCCGAGAAGCCCCCUCAUUAUUUGGAGAGUAGAGUUGAAGCUUUCUUGAAAAUGAUGGGAAAAAACAUAGAAGACAUGUCAGAUGAUGCAUUUCAAAAACAUAUCCAAGCUUUAGCAGUUCGUCGGUUGGACAAGCCAAAGAAGUUAUCUGCUGAAUGUGCAAAGUACUGGGGCGAGAUAAUUUCACAACAGUACAACUUUGAUAGAGACAAUAUUGAAGUGGCGUACUUGAAGACAUUAACAAAGGAAGACAUCAUGCAGUUUUUCAGAGUAAGUUGGACACGAUGUCUGUAUAAUAAAAGGAGCUUUGAAUGCACUAUUGCCAAACUGGAUUUGUUAGCACUGGAUUCUCCUAGGAGGCACAAGAUAUCAGUGCAUGUUUUAGCCAAAGAAAUGGAAUCUUGUCCAGUUGUUGGUGAAUUUCCAAGUCAGAAUGAUGUAAAUCUAGCACCAGCACCUUCUUUGUCUCAGCCCGAUGUGAUUCAAGACAUGACAGAAUUCAAGCGAAGUCUACCACUGUUCCCACUACCUAAGCCUCAUCUCAAUUUCAUGGCUGCAAAACUCUGAAGAGACCAGAUUGCUUAGUGAACAAGAACAAUCAACUGCAACUGAAAUGAUUUGUGUGUUGGGGUUUAAGGAAUGCUUGUGUUUAUGGAACUUGAAAUUAUACUGGAAGCUAAUGCAACAUAUUUCAUUGUCUGUGUCCCUGAUUAGUUUGAUUUUUUUUGAGGCAAUCAGUGCAUUUUCUACAAUGGUCAUACUACACACUGGGAUGAAGAGCAACCUCGCAUCAUGUAUAUCUGACCAAAGUAGUCAUACAAAAAUUUACAACUAGAAAACUGUUUUACUAUUUUAAAUUUGCACCACAAAAUCUGACUUGGCAUGGGUAUUCACAUUUUUUAGUUAAAAAUUUUUGGCAAACAGUUUUAAUCAGGAUUUAAGAAUGUUGUUAACACAUUGGGUAGAAACCGAUAUUGUCAUUAGUCUGGUUCCUGCAGGUGUCUAGAAAUCUAAAGAAAGAAUAAGAGCCUGGUAGCCAAAAAAAUUACCUUUGUUUUUUUGCAGUAGAUCCCCCUCAUGCUAAAGCCAUUUCUGUGAUGCAUCAGUCAGGGAAAAGUAAUGAAGGCACAGGGUAGUGCCAUGUGUACCUCAGGCAAGUUAACAGGUAGCCUUUUUUGAAUUACAGUAUUUGGAAAAUACAAUGUUGCACAAAGCUCUCAGAUUCUUUCACUUUGCUUUUUUGUAUGACGAACUGCAAGUGCAGAAAACACGCUUGCCACAGCAGUGUGUUAAAGCAGUUUGAGUUUGAAUUCCAGAUUUGACCUUUGAUCCUGUGCGCUAUCACAGUUGCUAUUUUUUUUUAAUUAUUUGGUUGUAGACUAAUGAUACCAUUGAAAUGUUGCAUUGUAUUCUUAAAUUCUUUGAUCAUUUGUUAGCCUCCCCUAUUGACUUAUCUCACCCUUCUGUUUCAGUUGCUUUUAUGAACACUAGUAGCAAUUUACCAUCUAUCUCAAACACUCAGUAUGACCUUUCCAGACAACAGCUAGUAUUCAGCAGCAUGGGUACUGUUAUCAUUUAGAUGUGUAACGCAUUUGCAUUAUGUCAGUGAAUGGUAGUAGCUACUGUCCACUCUCAAAGUAUUACUGAAUAUAAUAAUGAGCAUGACAGAGAGAAGUUUAAACAGCAUGAAGUAUAUUGUAUGAAAACAGCCGUGCAGAGAUUCAAAAAGGUUAUAUAAUGGAAGCUAGUCAGACAGCUGGAGCUACUGCUUAUGACUUAUUUUGAGUGUUAUACAGUGGAUAUUUAUUAGGAAGUAAUACACAAGUUAUAGAGGUAUGCACAGUUACCACUGCACUACCCUACAAUGGUUAUGGUACAAACCAGAAGGAAGGACACAUGUAAAGUGGUUUAAAGCCACUAGACUAUGAAGAAAUGUUUGGAAAGCAUAGAUGAUGUGUGGUUGGUAGAAUUGUUUUAUGUUAGUAUGUAGAUCAUUACAUAAUCCUUUGGCAUUGUCUUGCGUGUACAGCUUUAUGAAGAUAAUCAGGUAGAAGCAUUUACUCCUCAUUAACAUCCAUAGUGUGUCUUAAAUUGUCAGGAAAAACCAGGUGGUACUUUUUAUAUUCAAAACUUGUGCUUCUCCAUACACACAUCUGUGUAUUUUACUAUUUUGUAGGAGUUGUAGGUACAACUCUCAGUAGACAAUUUCACUCAUUAGAGAUUUAGAGAUGGAAAGCAUUACCAGUAACAGUUAGCGUACAAGGUAAUUCAUUAGUAUUAUUCCAGAACAAGUUUUAUUCAGGACACUAGGGUAUUUCCCAGGUCAUUUCUGUAAAUACUUUCCAUUUGUGUGUUGCAAGCAUUUUAUUUGGUUUGCCAUCAUGCAUAAUGUUUCUGAGGAGAUGCUAGAUUGUUUAAAUACUCUGGUUCUUUGAAUGUAUAUUUUAAUGUCUUCUCAUAAUUUAAUUCAGUAUGUUCAGAAUAUGCAUAUUGGUCAUGGAGUUUCCAAACUGAAUUUGCUUUGUCAAGAUAAAUAUAUUUAAAAGGUUUGUGUGACAUUAUUCUGUGAGCAAACAUAGAACAUGCCUUGUGUAUCAAAUUAUCCACAGCUGAACUAGUGAAGUGAUCAGCUUUCCUAUAGGAGAUCCAAUAUUUCCAGGAACACAUUUGAAAAAAAUGUUAUUGAACCAGUUUAAGCUCAUGCAUUUUAGCUGUGUGUUUUUAAAUAUUUUGCAUGUUAACAUACAGACUUUCACAGUGUGUAGUUCCAUUUUGUUCAAUUAAACAACUUUACCAUAGUGAAUGACAUUUUUACAUCAAGAGCAGACAGGAUAGAAAAAUUUCUGGUGAGAGAUGUGAUCCUGUCUGACUUCAAAGUGUGAACAGAAUGGAAAGAGAUGGCUAAGUAUUGAAAUGUAAGUGUAUGAAAAUACAUAUUGAAAUGUCUUCCCACAAUGUUGUGAUGAUUGGAGUUUUAUGUUAGAUUCAUUAUAUUGUGUAUUGUAAUUUAUUGACAGAUAUAUCAGCAGUAUAGCUUAAAACUACAGGGAACUGAAUAUUUUUAUGCAUCACAGAACUUUCUAUCUUUUUACAAAACUUAUCAUUUUAGUUUGAUUAGUAAAAUGCUGGAAACAUUUGAGUGCCCUGUUUGACUAAUGGUUUUGUUAGAAGUUUUACAGUGCAUAUAAAUACUUCUCAGUGUAUCUUUGUAUUUUUUCUAACUUAUAAACACAAUCACUUUUUACUCUGAGACUUUGUUAGCUUAAAUCCUUUCUGCUUUCCAGGCUUAGUUUCUUAAAGCAAAGCUUUUUCAAGUACAGGUCAGAUUUAUUUUUAUGUGGUCUCAAUUCACUUAAAUUUGUUUUAACAGCGUUAACUCAUUGGGACACAGUAAUGAAUUAAGACAGAGUUUUGGAGGCUUAGAAAUUACAGUGUUAAUAUACAGUUAUGUAGCUGUUCCCCUUUCCUUUCUUGUCCCUUUUUUGUUCAGGGGAAGCAUGUAUUUAUUAUGAAUAAUCAUGCCUGGUUUAAUCAACAGGCAUUUAUUCAAACAUGAAACAUCUAAAAUCUAGAAAGGUCACUAGUCAAACAGCGAAACUCCCAGUGCCACGAAAUACAACAUACAUUUUUUUGUAGGGGGCAAGCCACCCCAUGCAUCUUCCUGACAUGGAGGCAAGCUCCCACAUUCCUGAACUAUAUCUUUAUCUGUCGAGAUACAUAUAUGCAUGCAUACACGCUCGUGUGCACACACACAUUUACGCACACCAACUCAGAGAUUGCACAAACUCUGACAAGAUUGUGAAUGUGAGGUAAAAUACAUUUUCCUUCCCUCUCUUCUCAUAGUGUAGCUGCUAGAACAAGACACCAGAGAUCUUUUAGGUUCAGCACCUUGAGCACUGAUCAGCUGUCCAGUGUCAAACAUUAAGGCUUUUGGCAGCAGUGUUUGUGUUCACCAGUGUUGCUGCAGCUGUAUGUGAUUUGAAAUGCAGUCUGUAACAAAUUUAAUGAUAUUUAGAACAUUGUGCAACUCCUUACUUAUGUCUUUGUCUUAAGUUGUGUAGUAGGAACAGUAAUUUUGCUGCAGGGAGUAAAAGAAACCAUGGCGUUAUAUAAGUCGACUGUUAUGAAACCCAAUUGUUGAAGUUUUGUAGCACAGUUACUUUUCCUGUUAGAUGUAAAUACCAAGAUCCUAACCCUGUAAAAAGGAAAAAAUACUGUAAUGCAGAAAGGAAGAAAAAGUGACCCAGUCAUGUAGAAUAAUUUAAGGAAUGAUGGAUUGACUGGGUGCUAGGAAGAUUUAUAUUCUUAAUGGCAGUGCGAUCUUUUUUUUUUGUGCAUCCUUCUCCAAAAAAAAAAAAAUUAGUGAUACAACUACAUUGAUCAGCAUUUAUUCUUAGCUAUGAAGGAAAUAGUACUUCAAAACCACUGUACUUAGAUGUAAUCCAUUUAAAUGUAAUGAAAGUUGCAUGUAGAAGCAUUGGGAGGAAAACAGAUAUCUUGGUUAGAAAUAGUGCGUGCUCAUCCAAGAUACUGACCAGAGACUGUUUAUGAAAAGCUAAAUGAUAGCCUGAAUGCUAGUUGAAAUUUAAGAUUAAGAACCCAGUUCCAAGUAAUGAAAUGUGAUAAUUGCAAAGUUCCAUUAUAAUAAUCAAUUUUAUAUAACUUUUUGUUUAAAAGCAACAAUGCAAGAGCAGUAUAUUCUGUGCUGUUACUUUGAUGUUUCUGAACCCCAUGAAGUUCUUAAAAUUUUUAAAAGUGAAAUCCCAUACCAUAUACUAAGAAUGCAUGCGUCUUGAUUUUUAAACAAGGUAGAAAACCUUGAAGUAAAAUAAUUGCUUUUAUGACUUUUGCCUUGCCAGUUUGUACAUGUGCGUGUUGAUACAGUGUGUAGUUUUCUACUUUGAAACUAUAAUUACUGUAACAAACUUUUGAGUGCCAUUUCUUACUAUUUAUUCACAUUGAAGCUGUAGCUUUGUUUUAUCUCAGAAAUAUUGUUUUCCAAUUUAUUGGGCAAAUAUGGCUCUAGGGAGCAUUUAAUUAAUUUAAAACCCCCUGGUCUGAUUUUAUUCUGCAUAAGUAGUCUUUUAUUUCUACUAUCGUAAUGCAGUAUAAAUUUGCUUUUGCCAUUUUCCGUACCAAGAAGGAUGUUCAUAUUAAGUAAAACGAAGUGCUAAUUAUGCCGGUAUAACAUUCUGAUAGGCAUUUCAGAUUGGUUUAUUUAUUUUUGUUAUUGCCAGGAAAAUAGCUGAUAUAUUGACUGAGACAAGUAGAAGUAUACAAAGUUUUUUCAGCAUACUGGUUUCUUUAAAUUUUUGAUGGUGACUGCAUACCAAACCCAUUAGUGCAACAGUCAUUCAUAUUGCAAAAUUUGAAAUGUCUUUCAGCAUUUUACUAAAGUUUUGAAGUCGGAGAUAUGAAUGUGUGUGUGUGACAACUCAGGCAAAUCAUGGAUUCUUUUGUACGAAUCCAAAGCUGCAACAUCCUUAAGCAAUAAAGCUUAAUAUUUAAACUGUG